AUGCGCAAAGAUUUUCCAUUUGUGUUUGGCCCAGACCAGAUAGCGGCCCAGGAUGACCUCUGGUCGGCGCUUCUCGAAUCGCCAGCCCUUUGGCUGAUCGACUAUGGGUUGGCGGCCAACGUCAUCCUCACCAUCGAUACCUCACAAAUCGCAGUCGGCUUCCACCUCUGUCAAUGCGCACUCAACAAUUCGCGGGUUUGGUACUAUGCCCAAUUCAGCUCCAUCACCCUUCACGACCGCAAAUCGCAAUUCUCCCAACCCAAACUCGAACUCUACGGCCUCUUCUGUGCCCUCCAAUCACUCAAGAUGUAUCUCAUUGGCGUUCGGAACCUGAUAGUCGAAGUAGACGCACGCUACAUCAAGGGCAUGCUCACUAACCUAGAUCUUGAACCCAGCGCUAGCAUCAAUUGCUUCCUCCAUCAGAUCAACAACAUGUUUCCCACCACCAACUCAACCUCAACGACGGCCAUCUUUACCUCCUCACUCAUAGGCGACCUCCCGACCGAUGCCGACUCUGACGACGAAGGCCCAACCAUUGACUAUUCAGAUAUCCCAAGAUUGCAAAAAGCUUUGGAAGUCGAGAAAUGCCUAUGGUUGUUUUUUAUCGCAGCCGACAAGCUAUGGAGAAAAGACUUGCACGGUCGACACAAGAUCGUUGCAGCCCCCUCUAGUCGGAUCACAAUUCUCACUGCCACCCACGACAACGUUGCUUACAAGGGUUUCUAUGCCAUGACUGUCUUGGUCGCCGAACGCUUCUGGUGGCUGCACAUAAGGCAAGACAUUUCCUGGUUCGUUUGGACGUGUCACCUUUGCCAGAUUUGCCAGACUCGCAACGUCCUCAUUCCCUCGACCAUUGCUACGCCUGCACCACUCUUUGCGAAGAUGUAUAUGGACACUAUGCAUAUGCUGACCGCCAGUGGUUUCAAGUAUCUCAUUCAAGGCUGCUGUUUGGUAUCACACUACCCAGAAUUCCGAAUGCUCCGGUGCGAAACAAGCUCAGCUCUUGCCGGCUGGAUCUUCAAGGAUAUCCUGUGCCGAUGGGAAACCCUGGUAAAGAUCAUCUCCAACAAUGGACCAGCAUUCGUCAAGGCGCUUGACCAGUUAGCAAAAAAGUACCACAUUCGGCACAUCCGUAUUUCAGGCUACAAUUCCCGCGCCAACGGCAUCGCUGAACGACCUCACUUUGAUGUUCAGCAGGCUCUGUUCAAGGCAGUGGACGGAGAUCAGGCCAAGUGGAAUCGUGCAGCUCAUUUCGUAUUUUGGGCUGAUCGCAUUAUUGUUCGGUGCCGAAUGGGUUGCUCGCCAUACUUUGCAGCGACCAGAACCCAUCCCCUCCUUCCCCUCGACAUCGCCGAAGCCACCUACCUCCUGCCACCGCCGACCACAACCCUCAGCACUACCGACCUCAUCGCCCGAUGGGCCAUUGCUUUGCAGAAACACCGAUCGGACCUCGCCCACCUUCGCAGCUCAGUUGUCGACGCCUAUGUCCAGGCCGCCAUCCGAUUUGAAUAA